AUGCAAAAGAAAGCAAGGAUCUUACGGAAGCUGACUUUGGACCCGACAUCGGAAGCGGAGAUCCUGCGUAACGGUGAAGCAAGGAGUGGUGUCCUUAUUGCAACUUCCGGCAUUAAUGACCUAGGAGGACCGACAGCGAACUGUGACUCAGACGUCAAAUUAGAGACCUCUGUGCCAAGCGCCAUGGAACUUGGAGGUACUGAACUUGGCGUCACUGAUGAUGAAGGGAAGGGUGCACCAGAUGAUGAAGCUAGCCAACGAGAUCCGGCUCUAGAAGGGGAUGACGGCGAACCGGGAUAA